AAGAUUUCCUGCUUAAUUCUUUCAGAGCCAUAUGUUAGUUAUCAACUUUUAGUGUUGUGAUCUUAUCUAAGGAAACCUCUUUUCCAUAACAGGAGGGACAGGAAGUGAUGCAGCUCCAUUUCCAGUUUGAUGUUGGUCAAGGCUUUACCUUGAAAACAUCAAAAGGCUUCUUGUCUGCUUGCUUUGUCUCUUUCUUGUUUAUCACAACUACUUUCACCUUUUCUGCUAUUGCUGACCUGAACUCAGAUAGGCAAGCUCUUCUUGACUUUGCUGCUUCUGUUCCUCAUCUUAGAAAGCUCAACUGGAACUCCACUAACCAUAUCUGCAAAUCAUGGGUUGGUGUCACUUGCACUUCUGAUGGAACUCGAGUUCUCGCUCUCCGUCUUCCUGGUAUAGGUCUCGUGGGAACAAUCCCUCCAGACACACUUGGUAAACUAGAGUCACUCAAGAUUCUUAGUUUGAGAGAAAACCUCCUAGGUGGUAACCUUCCUCCUGAUAUUCCAUCUCUCCCUUCACUGAGUUACCUCUAUCUCCAACAUAAUAAUCUCUCUGGUGAGGUUCCUUCCUUUUUGUCUCAACACCUUGAUAUCCUGGACCUUUCAUCUAACUCUUUCACCGGGAAGAUACCAGCAACUUUACAAAACCAGAAGAAGCUGACAGCGUUGAGCCUCCAGAAUAACAAACUUUCUGGACCAAUACCUGAUCUUGAUACCUCAAGACUGAGACGUUUAAACUUGAGCAACAAUGAUCUUAAUGGUUCAAUACCCUCUGCACUUGGUGGGUUUCCAAGAUCAUCUUUUGCCGGAAACGCAUUGUUAUGUGGACUUCCUCUGCAGCCAUGUGCUCGACCUUCCCCUCUCACCCCUCCCAUCUCCUCACCUCCAUUGCCGCCGUUUCCUCACAAAGAAAGUCCAAAAAAGAAGUUACAUGUAAGCACUAUCAUUAUCAUUGCAGCUUGUGGGGCUGCCCUGCUGCUGUUUAUCACCGCAGUUAUCUUAUGUUGCUGUGUCAAGAAAAAGGACAAGAGGGAAGACAGUGUUGUCAAAGCAAAGACUUUGACUGAGAAAGCAAAGCAAGAUUUUGGAAGUGGUGUACAAGAACCUGAGAAGAACAAGCUGGUGUUCUUUGAAGGAUGCUCUUAUAACUUUGAUCUAGAAGAUUUGUUGAGGGCAUCAGCGGAAGUACUAGGAAAAGGUAGUUAUGGGACAACAUACAAGGCUGUCUUGGAGGAAUCCACUACUGUUGUGGUGAAAAGGUUGAAGGAAGUGGCAGCUGGAAAGAAGGAGUUUGAACAGCAGAUGGAGAUUAUAGGUCAGGUAGGACAACACCCUAGCGUUGUUCCCCUUCGUGCAUACUAUUACUCCAAGGAUGAGAAGCUCUUGGUUUAUGAUUAUUACCCUGCUCGUAACUUAUCAACACUCCUCCAUGGUAGUGAGAGAACGCCUCUUGACUGGGACUCCAGAGUGAAAAUCACCCUUGCAGCAGCAAAAGGUGUAGCUCACCUACAUGAAGUUGGAGGUCCAAAGUUCACUCAUGGAAACAUAAAGUCAUCAAACGUGAUCAUGAAGCAAGACAGUGAUGUGUCCAUUUCUGACUUUGGGUUAUCUCCUCUGAUGGCUGUGCCCAUUGCUCCGAUGAGGGGUGCAGGCUAUCGUGCACCAGAAGUAAUAGAAACAAGGAAACACACACACAAAUCAGAUGUUUACAGUUUCGGUGUACUUAUACUCGAGAUGUUGACUGGGAAGUCUCCAGUGCAGUCGCCAAGUAGGGAGGACAUGGUUGAUCUUCCUAGGUGGGUGCAGUCAGUGGUGAGAGAGGAAUGGACAAGCGAGGUGUUUGAUGUUGACCUUAUGAAGUACCAUAACAUUGAAGAAGAGAUGGUGCAGAUGUUGCAGAUUGCUAUGGCCUGUGUGGCUCAUGUGCCUGAGGUGAGGCCCAGCAUGGAUGAGGUGGUUAGGAUGAUUGAAGAGAUACGAGUUGCAGACUCUUCUGAGACCCGUCCAUCUUCUGAUGACAAUAGCAAACCUAAGGACUCUAAUGUUCAAACCACUCCUUGAUUACUCUUCCUUUUUUCUUAUGUGUGUUUGAGUUUGUAAGUCUUUUCUGUUUGAUUUCUUGGAGAUCACUCGCCUAAGUAGUAAGACUAAGUUGGAGGUGUGUGUGACAUUUACAUAGCGAUUAUUGUAGGAUCCUUUCUCUGUCUCCAUGGACGUGGAAGUGUGGUGGCUAGUCACUAGUGUGUAAUCCUGAUAUACAUGAAUGGAUGAAUGAAUGAAGAUGUCUUAUAAUGUGUUUG